UCUGGUUGAGAAUCACUGUAACAUCUUCUGCUGCGCGUCAAUGCCCGAACUGUCAAGAUCGUUCGACCACCAUCCGCUACCACCUACGAUAAGCUUGUUUAGCACGCAAGAUAUUACUUUUUCAUGAGAUAAAUUUGUGUAUAACAUCUUGUGACGCAUCGUAAAUACUAGUGCCGCGCGAUUAGUCAGCGCCAACCACUGACUAGCGCGGUACAUACUUUCGGAGCUGACGGACUAACGUCGUACUCGGGUGCAAAUGACUACAUGUCAAAGCCAGUGAGCAGUGUACUUUGAGUAUAUUUUUUUCUACCGGUGGAGUAAGAUUUUGCUCCGAACGAUUGAAAAAUGUUGGCUCUCAUCAAUCGGAUCCUGGACUGGUUUAAAUCCCUCUUCUGGAAAGAGGAAAUGGAACUUACUCUUGUCGGCUUGCAAUACAGUGGAAAAACCACCUUCGUAAAUGUUAUAGCGUCAGGACAGUUUAGCGAGGAUAUGAUUCCCACAGUUGGGUUUAACAUGCGUAAAAUUACAAAAGGCAAUGUCACUAUAAAGGUAUGGGACAUUGGAGGCCAACCAAGGUUUAGAUCUAUGUGGGAAAGAUAUUGCAGAGGAGUAAAUGCAAUAGUAUAUAUGGUAGAUGCAGCUGAUGCUGAGAAAAUAGAAGCAAGUCGCAAUGAGUUACACAAUUUGUUAGAUAAACCACAGCUCUCUGGUAUACCAGUGCUGGUUCUUGGCAACAAAAGGGAUUUACCCCAUGCUCUUGAUGAGAAUGGGCUUAUAGAAAGAAUGAAUCUAUCAGCCAUUCAAGACCGUGAAAUCUGUUGCUAUAGCAUUUCAUGCAAAGAAAAAGACAAUAUUGAUAUAACAUUGCAGUGGCUUAUAGCACAUUCUAGAAGUGGUGUUCGCUAAUACGCAUAACAAGUUUUACAUUCUCGUACAUUCUUAUCAAAAAGCCCAAGACAUUGAUAGCAGAAUGGGGAUCAAAUGUGCAAGGGAGUGUUCAGCAAUGAUUUUAUUCUGAAUUGAUUGAUUGAUUUAUUAAUUACUGUAGAAAAUUUUUUUAAAUCUGAGCUUUAGCCGUUCUUCGUUCAAAAUGUAUAAAACUCAUAGAAAAUUUAAUGAAAAACAAAAAAAAUUAUACUUAAACCAAAUACGCUCAUAUAAAUGAUAAUGAGACACAUACAUUCUUCGAGCACCUUAGGAAUAAGUAAAAAUUUUUUAUAUUGUGUUUUUAGCUGAUCAGUUAAGUAACAGUACUGUUGUUCUAUCCUAAAACCAUCGAGAAAAAAUAAAUAUAACAUUUAAAAGUUAACGUAGAGACGAUGGUAGCUAGUAUGAAAUACAAACGCAAAAUAUCAAUUAUCAUAUAGUACACACUUUCAGAAUGAUUUAAUUAAGAUUAAUUCAUCACGGCAUAGAGAUUACAAAUAAUUGAUUGCUAUAUGUACACAAAUAUGAUGCUAAGUAAACUUGUAUAAUUAAUGGAGAAUUAUUAACAAUAUUAUACCAAUUUAUUAUGAUCCUUAAAAUAUGACAGUUGUGUUAUGUAUAUACACGUAUAUAUAUGAAGAGGAAUAAAAUGAUGUAAUCCAUUUUUUAAAUGGAAUGGCUUACCUUUACAAAAAGUUUUUACUAUCGUUAUAAAAAUAAGAAUAAUCAAAUACUUUACGUCUUUAAGUUGACAACAUUAAGCAGAAAAUUUUGAAUCAUUUUAUGAUAUUAUAUAUAGAAAUUUCAUUGGUUGAUACUUGUGACGUCACAGCAUAAUCGAUUUCACCAUGUCGAGAAUCGAUUCAUUCCCGCAGGUUGAUUUGUGCAGUACGCAGUACGACCUACAUAAAGCUAGCCGGAAGGAAUAAUAAAAUAUGAUUAUUUUUAAUUUUUCUUAGUGUAUUUCGUUUGUAAAUCGUUUGUGAUUAAUUGUGAGUCUAUUUUUAACGUGUGUGAGAAAUCAGUUCUUUUGUAAUUAGCAAUUUUAUUUCAAUUAUGAUGUGAGCCGAAGCUUUUUAGCAAUUUUUUAUAAUAAACAGAUUUUGCGAUAACUGUAAUUGAUUGGAAAUCGUUUGUGAUUUACAAAUAUAUCAUUUUCAUUGUUUGUGAGUGAAUAAUUUCUUAAUUAUCGAGAAGUUUGUUUUAUAAUAAAUAAUUGUAGUGCGCAUGCGCAAAAUAUACUCAGGACUCUUGCCAACAGAGAGCGAAUCGGCGCGUUACGUAUAGCGGAAACCGUUUAAAUUUUCUAUGUUUCAUAUUCUAUGGGUAAAAGUUCUUUUAAUUUUAUGGAGCAACUGUUAUUAUGCUGAAGAUCUUUUAUAAUAAAAUAACAAAAAUAAGAAGAUAAAUGAUUUCAUAUAUUUUUAUAUAUUAUAUAUUAUUUAUAAAUAUUGUAAAUCGAGUUCCUUUUCUUUCUCUUAUUCCUUCCGGCUAGCUUCAUGCAGUGACUAUAGAUAGUGACUAUCUAUAGUCACUGCUUCAUGUAGGUCGCAGUACGAUACAGUAUAAACUUGACAAGAGUUUUUUUGUGUCAAAAAGCAGUAUAAGUAACAAAAUAUUUAUUUAAACAUUUAACAUGCCAUCGGCAAACGAUGAGGAUCCUUAUGCACAUGUAGCAAAAGGACCCUUAAAGCUAAAAAGUGAUCAAUGUGUAAGCAAAAAG